AUGGAUGUGCAAUCGGUGACGCCGGCGGUGGCCGUGGCGGUGGUCGUCGGAGGUUUUCUUUUCUUGUUUCUCAGGAGUUUUCUAUCUCAUCAUCAACCUGCUAACCGAAAUCAUCUCCCUACUCUUCCUGAGGUUCCAGGGGUGCCAUUGUUAGGGAAUUUGUUUCAGUUGAAGGAGAAGAAACCAUAUAAAACUUUUACAAAGUGGGCAGAAACUUACGGUCCGAUUUACUCCAUUAAAACUGGAGCCACCUCCUUGGUUGUCGUUAGCUCUAAUCAACUUGCUAAAGAGGCCAUGGUGACCAGAUUUGACUCCAUUUCAACCAGAAAGCUUUCAAAGGCAUUAACGAUGCUGACGUCUGAUAAAACCAUGGUCGCAAUGAGUGAUUAUGACGAAUAUCACAAGACUGUCAAACGCAACAUACUCACUAGUGUCCUCGGACCACUUGCUCGGAACAAACAUCGAGUCCAUAGAGAUUCAAUGGCGAAGAAUCUUUCAAACCAACUUCAUGCCUUGGCUUCCACGUCUUCUCACGAAGCUAUAAACCUCAGGAAACUUAUCCAAUCUCAACUUUUCUCGUUAGCAUUCAAACAAGUGAUGGGGAAGGAUGUCGAAAGCCUUUACGUGGGAGAUCUAGGGAUCACCAUGGCAAGAGAGGAGGUCUUUCAGGUUUUGGUGACUGAUCCGAUGAUGGGUGCCAUUGAAGUUGACUGGAGAGAUUUUUUUCCGUAUCUAAAGUGGAUCCCCAAUCCCAGCUUCGAGAAGAAAAUGGAGCAACUGGUUAUCCGAAAAGAUGCUGUGAUGAAGGCCUUGAUUCAAGAACACACAAAACGGAUAGAUUCUGGGGAGUCUUUGGACAGCUUCAUCGACUACUUAUUGUCGGAGGCACAACCGUUAACGGAGAAACAACUGCUAAUGUCACUUUGGGAACCGAUCAUCGAAACAGCGGACACCACUAUGGUUACCACAGAAUGGGCAAUGUAUGAGCUCUCAAAAUCCCCAAAGAAACAGGAUCGUCUCUAUGACGAACUCCAAAAUGUUUGUGGAUCACAAAAGAUCACAGAGGAGAAAUUGUGCCAAAUGCCAUACUUAUCGGCCGUUUUCCAUGAAACUUUGAGAAGGCACAGUCCUGUUUCGAUAAUGCCCUUACGAUAUGUGCACGAGGACACGGUGCUCGGAGGCUACCAUGUUCCCGCUGGCACCGAGCUUGCAAUAAACAUUUAUGGGUGUAAUAUGGAGAAGGGAAUCUGGGAGAAUCCGGAAGAGUGGAACCCGGAGAGAUUUCUAGCCGAAAACGAACCAAUCGACCUACAAAGAACGAUGGCAUUUGGAGGGGGGAAACGAGUAUGUGCUGGGGCUAUGCAGGCAAUGUUGCUUGCUUGCAUGAGUAUCGGACGAAUGGUUCAGGAGUUCGAGUGGCGACUUAAAGAGGACACCGGAGAAGAUGUGAAUACGCUUGGGCUCACAACACAGAAACUUAAUCCGAUGCUUGCCGUUAUAAAUCCGAGAACAUAA